UUGUAUUGCAAAUCCAGUGCUCCUAAUCAUCCACUUUUUCCUUCCUCUCUCUCUCUCUUUCUGACGCUCUGUUUUCGCUACCACACGUUCAAUUUUAUCUCCGUGCAUGGCUGGAUCGUCGAUCUCAUCCAACGUUUGACUUGUCGGAUCGGUAGAUCCGAUCCACAACUGCAGCGAGCAACCUAAGUCGCAGCACGCGAGCGCGCGCCAUGGCUUCUUUAAAUACCCAUACAAUUGCAUGCAUGGCAACGCACUGAGUCUUCGGAUCGGAGGAGCGGAGAGCUACGCCUCGAUCGAUCGAUCGAUCUAUCCCACCGGAGAUGGAUUGCCUGCGUGAGUGGCCGGAGCCGAUCGUCCGCGUGCAGUCCUUGUCCGAAAGCGGCGCGACGACCAUCCCGGCCCACUAUGUGAAGCCGCCGUCGGAGCGCCCCUCCGCUGCCCCCGCCGCAGCAGCCGGCGCCGUCAGCAUCCCCGUGGUCGACCUCGGCAAGCUCGAGGACGGCGCGGACGCCGAGACCGUGAAGGCGAUCGCGGAGGCGUGCCGGGGGUGGGGGUUCUUCCAGGCGGUGAACCACGGGGUGAGCCCCGGGCUGCUCCGCCGAGCGCGCGAGGUGUGGCGCGCCUUCUUCCACCUCCCCAUGGAGGAGAAGCAGCGCUACGCCAACUCGCCCGUCACUUACGAGGGCUACGGCAGCCGUCUCGGGAUCCAGAAAGGGGCCAUUUUGGACUGGGGCGACUACUACUUCCUCCACUUCCUCCCCCUCUGCUUGAUGAGCCACCACAAGUGGCCGGCUCAGCCUCCCACAUUAAGAGAGACUACCGACGAGUACGGCGAGGAAUUGAGGAAGCUGUGCCGGAGAUUAACGAAGGCAUUGUCGAUGGGUUUGGGGCUGGAGGCGGACCACCUACCGGCGGCGUUCGACGAGGAAGGAACGUGCAUGAGAGUCAACUUCUACCCUAAGUGCCCGCAGCCGGAGCUCACGCUGGGCCUCUCGGCCCACUCCGACCCCGGCGGCAUGACCAUCCUCCUCGUCGACGACCACGUCGCCGGCCUCGAGGUCCGCAAGGAUGACUCCUGGAUCACUGUCCGACCGCUCCCUGACGCCUUCAUCGUCAACAUCGGCGACCAAAUUCAGGUGCUGAGCAAUGCGGCGUACAAAAGCGUGGAGCACCGGGUGAGGGUCAACGCCUCGUCGGAGCGGCUGUCGAUGGCGUUCUUCUACAACCCGAGAAGCGACGUACCCAUUGGGCCCAUCCCCCAUCUGCUGACGACCGAUCGGCCCGCUCUGUACCAGCCCAUGACCUUCGACGAGUACCGCCUCUUCAUGAGAAAGGCAGGCCCACGUGGCAAAAAACUAACCGGCUGAUCAGCUUGCCUGCCGUGCCGUGUACAUGAUCUCAAGUUGCCGUUAGAAAAGGCUUGUAAUAUAAUUGCUCCAAAUUAUAAUAAAUAAAUAAAUAUAUCGUGACGUAGGGCAUGACGAUGAGGAGAUUUGAAGUCGCUAUUCAAAGAUCGAUUUUCAUUCAUUAUGCACAGAGUUGUGCAAAGUAGGCACUCUGCAAU